AUGGCGUCAAUACUAGAUCAGCCUCUCAUAUUAGGCGAGAACCUCUCCCUGGACCCUCUACCACAACAAGCCCCUACCGCGACAUCCCCAACAGUCCUGAUAGUAGGCGGAGGUGUCACCGGUCUCAUCACCGCCUGGGUCCUCCUCGAUCGAGGUUACCAUGUCACGGUCCUUGCCUCACGGUGGGCUUCCUUCACCGACGAGCAACGGCUAACAUCUCAAAUCGCCGGCGCGUUGUGGGAAUACCCCCCAGCAGUCUGUGGUCAGCACACUGACGCAAUCUCCCUAAGCAACUCAAAGCGUUGGUGUAUGGUCGCUUACAAUAUCUGGGAUGAGAUUGCCUCGGACCCUAAUCGCGCGGCUAUAUCCGGCGUCCAGAUGAAGGGCUCAAACUUUUUCUUCCCAUGUCCGCUGGAGGAAGAUUCCAAGCAGCUUCUAAAGAUGCGCGAGAUCGAGAGUAGUGGCAUCCGCGGCUUUAAUCGUGCCCCGAGUUUAAUUCAGAGGCAGGGCAUCGAUCCCAGGUAUGGAGCUGUAGAUGCUUACGAGCACCUAGCUCCUAUCAUUGACACCGACCGUGCGAUGGAGUGGCUCAUGGUGCUUGUGCAGAGCAAAGGCGCCAAAUUCGUCACCGAAACCAUCCACGGCGAUCUUUACGAUCAAGAAGAUGAACUCCGAGCGCAUUUCGGAGCCGAUGUCAUCGUCAAUGCUACCGGCCUCGCUGGCCAGGAAUUGGCAGGUGAUAAGACCUGCUUUCCCCUUCGCGGGGCUCUCAUUCGAAUCAUCAACGACGGCACCGAUUUCCCAAAAGUGGAGAGCUCGCUCGCAAUCACUGCCGAUGCCGCUCACGACAACGAAAUCGUUUUCAUCGUGCCACGGAACGACAACAUCCUCCUCCUCGGCGGCAUCGCCCAACCCCACGAGUGGAAUUUGGACCUGACGCUGGACUCCCCAGAAAUCCAGCGCAUGCGCGCCCGCUGCGAAGCGUUCCUCCCCGGCCUCGAGUUCGCGCGGACGGACCCCGACUACCCCCUCGCGCAGGGGCUGCGUCCGGCCAGGGAGCGCAAUGUCCGCGUCGAGCGCGAAUUGCGCCGGCGACGCGUCAUGGUCCACGGACGCGAGAGGAUGGAACCGAGCCGCAUUGUGCAUUCCUACGGCCAGGGCGGGGCGGGCUGGAGCCUAUCGUUUGGAUGCGCGGCCGAUGUGGCGGGGUUGGUGGAGGACGCGCUGCAUAAUUUGCCGGCGAGGGCGAUGGCGGUGAGUGAGAGGUUGGACGUCGAGGAUGUGCAUGUGCAGGCGCAGCUGAAUCAGAGCUGGUUGAGGGAUGAGGUGGGAGGGAGAAGGGGGUUGGAGGUUAGGGCUAAGUUGUGA